UCUGGUCGUGGGUAGGAGCGAGGGGGAAGUAGAUGUCUGUACGAAAACGAGAAGCAUACAGAAAAAUGCGGUGUGCAUAAGUAUUGGUGUAUGCGGACUAGAACAACUGUCAUAAUUGUGUUGGUAUUGCGUGUAAAGUCAAGAACUGCGCAUAAUUCUGAUUUUGUGAAGAAGAGAUCAGUCAGUCAGUUUUCGAUCGUUACGCAUAACAGACAUGCCUCGCUCAAGUGCCAGAAAACGUCGCGCGAAUCAUAACGAGAGUAGUGAAGAGGAAGAAGGGCAUCCUGAUGACUCUUUGACAUAUGCAUGUAUAUUUUAACGUCUUCCUUUACGCUCCCAAAUAAAAAAGCCACACCAUUAGCAUUAAUGAGAAACAUAUGUACAUAUUUAUGCAUGUUAUUGGAUCGAUCACCGCAGUUCUUUUGCUUUUAUUGCAAAACUCAAAUGCCGAAAUUCCCGGUUGCGACUUCUUUGACACCGUAGAUAUUUCAAAAGCGCAAAGGUUCUCGAACGGAUCGUACCUCUACGAAGGCUUGCUGAUCCCCGCCCACUUGAUUGCUAAGUAUGACUACAAGCUCCUGGCCGACGACUCGAAGGAGAAGGUGGCGAGCCACGUACGAGGAUGUGCCUGCCACCUUAGGCCCUGCAUCCGGUUUUGCUGCCCCCAGUACCAAAAGAUGAAUAUGAGCGUGUGCUACGGCGACAUGUCAGAGGACGAGCUGAACAAGCACGAUCCCUUCGUGAACGUGACGCUCAGCGACGGGUCGGUGGUCAGGAGACACUUCAAGGAGGACCUGAUCGUGCAGUCGGACCUGGCCAAGCGCGGAUGUCCCCGGAUGUACUUUAUGAAUCACGAACUGCCGGGCAACGAAUUCACGCUGUUUGAGAAUGGAUCUCUUCUGCGUCACUGGGACAAUGCGGAACUGAGCAAGCGGGAGUACUGCGUCCAGCAUCUUUCAUUCAUAGGUGAUAGUAUCCGAAUUGCACCCCACUUCUGUCCACUUUCGUCUGAGCACUCGAGAACGUGGAAGACCGUUGCGAUUGUGAUAUCCAUGAUAUGCAUAGUCCUAACGAUCAGCGUGUACCUCUAUGUCAAGAAGCUUCGCAACCUGCACGGAAAGUGUUUCAUUUGCUACUUGGCCUCCUUGUUCCUCGGCUAUCUCUUCCUGCUCCUCAACAUGUGGAAAUACUCCUCCCACUUCUGCGUUACAGCAGGGUUCAUGGGCUACUUCUCCGUCAUCGCCGCGUUCUUUUGGCUUUCUGUCAUCAGUCUUACUCUCUGGAAUUCGUUUAGUGGCAACUCCGGCUGGCUGAACCGUUUCUUGCCACAGGAUCGGUUCCUUUCUUACAACUUAUACGCCUGGGGCAUGGCGCUGCUCCUGACUGCAAUAACAUAUAUAGCUGACCAGGUGGUUGAUGACGAGAAUUUGAGACCCCGCGUGGGCGUCGGAAAAAAUUGUUGGAUCUACACUGGGGAUAUGACUGUCAUGAUCUACUUCUAUGGUCCGAUGCUGUUGCUAAUCGCUUUCAACAUAACAAUGUUUGUCCUGACGGCUUUUCGUAUAAUGAAAGUGAAGAAGGAAGCCCAAAACUUUACUCAACAGCAAAACACAACCAAUAGGCUCAACUCGGACAAGCAGACUUACACCCUAUUCCUGCGACUCUUCAUCAUCAUGGGCUUGUCGUGGAGCUUGGAAAUAGUCUCGUUUUUGUUGAGCAAAAAGCAGGCUUGGGCCAAGGCUUUUAUGGUGGCUGACUACUUCAAUUGGUCCCAGGGCACCAUCAUAUUUGUGCUCUUUGUUCUGAGGCCCAGCACACUGAAGCUCCUGAAGGAACGGAUUAAGGGUGGGAGGAAUGAAGUCGGCGCCAGCGAUGAACAUAUCUCACUUCAGAAUACAAAAAUUGAACCCAGUGUUUUUUAAUAUAUGGACGUGCCAUCAAAGCGAGAUCCAAGCAACUUCUACCCGGAUAUGCACAGAUGUUAUUAGACACGAAUACUCGGCAUUGAGGAUGAAAUCUCAGGGAAAUCCUUUUCGGAGCAGCACUUACACUCUCUCGUAGUAUUAAUUUUUAAAAUGGGUACUGCUUGUACUGCCUCAAUUUCUAAAUAUUCAUUUAAAGAACUAAAAAUAAUUAUAUAAUGACUUGUUAUGACAAUGACUAACUAAAAAUCUAAAUUCCUGAAUUUUUUUUUAUAAAUUACGAUUAAUUCCUACCACAGAAAAGUGUUUCUAGUGACUUUAAAAUAUUACUAAUUUAGGAUGCUAAUAAUAAAAUUAAAGAUUGUGAAUCAAGAGAAACUAAAAUUCCUGACUAUAAUUAAGUUGAAUAAAUGAGAGGAACAUACAUA